AAGAGAGAUGGAAUAUCAACAUUUCAGCCAUAGACAUCUCUUGAUACCUCAUCACUUUAAUGAAGAAAGUGAAGAAAUCAAGUGCAAGGCCUGUGAAAGACUCAUCAUUGCUACUGAACCAUUUCAUGGUUGCCUUUCAUGCAAAUAUUUCCUCCAUGACCAAUGCCUCAAUCUACCUCGCUGGCUUCACCACCCAUCUCACAAUUCUCACCCACUAACACUCCUUCCUACCCCAACAUACCCUUAUGGGUCCUAUUCAUGCAAUGCAUGUGGGGUUCCUGGAAGCUCCUUCAGCUUUAGCUGUGCUGAAUGUGAGUUUGAUUUGCAUACCCAUUGUGCCAAUUUGCCUAGCACAGUAGUUAUUGAUGCACACCCUCAUGAGCUUAAACUCACCUUUGAUGUUCCUUAUGAUGGGAACAUUUCCAUUGUGUGUGAUGUGUGCGGUGGUGGAGUGGACAAGCGUUUUUGGAUCUACAAAUGUGUUGAUUGUGGGUUUGAUUGCCAUUUGAACUGUGUGAAGACUGAUCAAGGGACAGGAUUAAAUCAAAACCAGCCAGAUACAGCGGGUGGGCAACCAAUAAGAGUUAAUGAUGCAUUGGAUCCAAUUAGGCAAGCAGCAAACCAGAUGAUGGAAGAUCAGCUUGAGAUGAUGAGAUUGCAAAAUCAGUUGAACAGGACCAGGAUGAUGGCAAAUCUGAUGACUUGGGCAUGGCGUUGACUUGAUUACAUCAGCUACAUUUCAAUUUAAUAGUCUUUGUGAGUCAUUUUACAUGUAUGCUGGUAAUAAACAUAAGACCCUCAUUUCAUACAAGCAAAUGAGUUGCAUUUUAUUCUAGUAAGGCUUAAUGGCAAAAUAAAUUAGUAAAAUAAAAUAAAUCUUUUAUUUAUUUAUUCAAUUUUAUCAAAAACUUCUAUUCUUAAUAAUUUUGUCUUAAUUU